UAAUUUUGGCGCAGUAUAAAAGUGCAUGCGAGCGCUGGUAGCCACAACAAUUACAGUUAGCAGUCCAAUUUGGUGGUAUCGUAGCGAGCAACCGACACAAACUUAGCGAUGUCUCGACUUACGAUUUUCUUUGUCAUCGCUGUGGCGUAUGAAGUCAUCGCAGACGGAAAAGUAGCAGAUUCCCAUGCAGCACAGUCUGGUUACAUCGCCCCGGUGAUCGCCGGCGGCUACGGAGGCUACGGCGGCGCGGGCCUGGCUGGUGCCGCGCUGGCAGCUGGCGCCGGCUACGGAGCUGGUGUGGUGGCCGGCCCCGCGGUCAUCGCUGGAGGAGCGGGCAUCGGCUCCGGCGCCGCGCUCAACAACGCCGCCGCCGUCGGCGCCGCGCAGCUCAGCGCCAUCCAGAACGCGCAGGCCGUGCAGGCCGCACAGAUCGCCAACUCCGCCGCCGCCGCCAUCCAGGGAGCGCGCGCCACUGAGGCCGCCGCCCGCGCCGGCUCCGCCUACGCCGCCAACAACGCCGCCGCUCUUGAGGCCGCGCGUGUUGCCAACAUCCAGCGCGCUCAGGCCGCCGCCUGGGAAAAUGCACGCGCCGCUGAGGCCGCGAGACGCGCCGGUGCCGCCAGCGCCCUGGAGGCAGCGCGCGCUGCUGAAGCCGCCCGCUUAGCUAACGCUGCCCGUGUGCAGGCCAUUGCUAUCGCCAACACCCGCGCCGUAGAGGCCGCUCGCAUUGCCAACGCAGCGCGUGCCCAGGCUGCCGCCGUCGCCUCCAGCGCGGCUCAAGCGCAAGCUGUUGCUGACGCAGUCGCCAGGCAAGCUCAGGACGGAGCUCUGCUGCUCGGCGGCGGAGGCGUGGUCGCCGGACCCGCGGUGGCUGUCGGCGGACUCGGCCUCGGCGGUUACGGACUCGGUCUCGGAGGUCUCGGCGGUCUCGGCUACGCUGCCGGCUACGGCUACGGCGGGCUCGGUUACGGCGGACUCGGCUACGGAGGUCUCGGCUACGGCGGCAAGGUGAUCCACCACUAAGGUGUGAGUGAUCGAUUAUCGACCAGAGAUGAUACCUACCCCAUUGUCAUAGAUAAACAAAUCUACAACCAUUUCUCUUUUUUCUAAAGAAAUGGUUAGCGGCAGAACUUACGAGAUUUGGACUGAUCAACGUCAUGUAAAUAUUUCAAAAUUGGCAACAAAGUCUGUCUUAUAAUUAAAUAUUAGCAAACACCGACACUUAUUUUAAUUCUAUCCUUGUUACAUUAGCUGAAUAUGUUACAACGAGUAUGUUAAGCCGAUUUUUUGAGAUAUUUAAAAGAACCACGUUCUCUAGAAAACUGAUAGGAUUCCUAGGGAAACUAUCAGUGGACUGGCUGUACAGAAUGUAUUAAUAAAAAACAAAUCAUUGAAAUAAAUAUUACCAAGAAGUUUACGCAUUUUCUUAAGCCUUUAGAAAGGAGAGGUGGCAAACAUUUUGAUUGUAAAUUGAAAUAGUCGGCUAUUUUCGCUCUAUAUAGGUCUGGUUCUGUAAAGGUUAUCCCCUGUUUGUCGCUUUGGGGAAGACAAACCCGAGUUUACCAAAUCUGAAAGUUCACGUUACUUUAAUGUUACAUUAAUCUUUUCAAUAAAACCUUUCUAUGCUAACGUU